AUGAACAACCAGUCUCCUGGACUACUGGCGACUACUCUUCGGGAUACCCCGGACUACGUGAAGGCUCAGCUCGGAAAACUCUCCACCAUCAGACGAGAUUUGCGGAAGCAACGUGAGAGAUCUCUCCCUGCCCUUCCAAGGAACGUCACCAAGUUGGAUAUUUCACCAGAGUUUGCUGUGACUGGAGGAGAGGAUUCUCGGCCCUUCCUAAUCCAUGACAGCGGCCCUCGUAGAGACAGGUUCGUCGUUUUUGGAACGCCAGAAAAUGUUGAUAUCUUAGGGAGGGCAAAAGUGUGGUGCAUGGACGGAACUUUCAAAACAUCUUCAAGACUGUUUCAACAGUCGUACGUAAUACGUGCAAUCGAAGACAAUGUGUGUACGACAUGCAUUUAUGCAUUCAUGACAAACAAAACCGAAAUUAUGUAUAAGGGGGUUUUUGCAGUUGUGCUAAAUCAAAUAACUCAGCGGGGGCAUGCAUCACGUCCAGAAAUAGUUAUGAUGGACUUUGAGAAAGGGGCCAUGAACGCGGUGAACAAUGUUUUUGGUAGUGGUGUACAAGUGAAGGGGUGUUUUUUUCACUUAUGCCAGAGCACUUGGCGGCACAUCCAGGGGAACGGGAUAGUGAAACUCUACAAGAGUCGUCCUGACAUCAAGCUCCACUGCGGUAUGCUGGAUGCUCUGGCCUUCCUACCGGUGGCAGAUGUACCAGCUGGAAUGCUCUUCCUUUGGGCGUCUGCUCCAGUAGAGCUGGCAGACAUCCUGCUAUACUUCGAGCAAACGUACGUCGGGGGACAGGUCGGCACCAAUAGUUCAGCUCCCUUUCCUCCUCCUGUGUGGAACAUGAAUACCAUUGUUCUCCAGGACCUGCAGAAAACAAACAAUUUCUGCGAGUCUUGGAACAACAGGUUCCAGCACCUUGUGGGUUGUACAAACCCAUCAUUCUGGACGGUCCUUCGAGCGAUUCAGAAGGACGAGGCUCUGGAGCGCACUAGUCGACUGCUACCAUCAGAACUACGACAGGUGAAUAAAAAAGAGCGGGCUUUAAGAGAAGUAAUUAAGGAAAAAUGUAUCGAGUACCGCUCAGGUAUAAUGAACAUGGAGACAUUUUUACUCCAGGUUGGCUCGAAGAUGAGGUUUUAA